AUGGAUGAUACGUAUGAUUAUGUGGCGGUGGGCCGUCCACGGUUCAUAGUUCCUGAUGAGAUUUUUACCAUGACUACACUUGAAAAAUUUCAUGGAUACACCGAUUUUGAUAAAUUGGUGUAUGAUUGUCGAAAAAAGUUGCAACGAAUAAUAUAUGUUGUUCAACGCCUGGAAACGUGCAAUAUAAAAUUGACGAGGAAGGGAGGGAUCUCGACAAAAAGGGCUAUCUUUGAGCUUCAAGAUGGUGAUAGUAUGGCAUCAACUACAGAGGAUAUCGUUGAAAUGGCAACGAAAUUUUGGAAGAAACAAUAUGAAGAUUUGGGCGAUUCCCCAGACUCUGGAUAUGUUGACCUUCCUGUCAUCGACGAGGAAAGUGCUCAACGACUUGAUCGUCCAUUCACUCAAGAUGAACUCUUCUCCUGUCUCCAGUCUAAAUCAGAUUCAGCUCCAGGCGAAGAUGGCCUCACCUUUAAAUUUUGGCAAUCCACUUGGCACAUGUACGGGGAAAUGCUUACCAAAACAGCAAAUGGUCUUAUGGAAGGGAUGAUUCCCAGCUCCAUGACAAAGAUUCUCCUAACCAUGGUUCCAAAAAGUCUGAGUCUGUUUCAUGUGAAAAAUUUACAACCAAUAGCCCUCAUCAACACCAGUCUUCGACUCAUAUGUCAAGUAAUUAAUGAACGGUUGUUACUGGUUGCGGAUCUGUUAAUAGGGCCAUACCAAACCGGCUUUCUCAAGGAUCGCCACAUCCACGAUAACAUCCUUCUGUUCCAAUCAGUACUUCACUGCUGGCGUAAAUGCGAAGAUGAUCACCCAUGGGUCGUUUUGAAUGACCCAGAUGAUCUCGCAGCCGUUCUCAUUAAGUUUGAAAAUGCCUUUGAUCUGAUCAAUCAGACAUAUAUUGGAAAUUGUUUAGAAAAGGCAGGAAUCCCUCCUCGUCUUAGAAAAGCCAUUAUGACUAUCCUUCGCACUCAACACGCACAAGUCUACAUAAACAAUGUUAUGGGUCCAAGCUUUCCAAUGAGAAGGGGUACAAUGCAAGGAAAUCCAUUCUCCCCGUUCCUUUCUAUUCUUGGAAUGGAACAGCUCUUACGAAACUUAUCAAAGAUUAAAGGAAUGUCUCUUCAGGGAAGACACAGAUUUGAUUCCACUGAAAUAAAAGUGAUGGCCUACACUGACAAGUUGAUGGUGUUCAUGAGAAAAGAGGAUCGUCCAAUAGUCAAGGAUUGUUUAUCAAAAUUCGCAAUUCAAUCAGGGUACAAGGUGAAUGUUGAUAGAAGUCUGAUUUUGGUUAAGGAAAAGGGAGAUAACCCCGAUCGGUGCCAUCAUCUUGGCUUCCCAAUAACUACAGUUGCUGAACUGUCAAAGAUAAGAUACCUCGAAGUAAGAGUUGGAGACCUUGAUUGGAAAAAAGAACACCGAAAACUCCUUAAGGUAAUUAACGACUGUCCACAAGUCCUGCCAUCUCGACUUGGGCACGCGAUUAACGCCUUACUUCCCUCUAAACUCUAUAUCAGAGAUAUCCACUCACCAAUGACAAAAGAAGAAAUCACAAGCCUCAUGGAUGCCAUCUGCAAACAGAAAUUCCCUGGCAUUGACCCCGAAACAGUCUUCACCAAAUCCCAACUCGGCGGCUUUGGCGUGCUCCAACUCGACCGUCAACUUCUAGGCAGAAGAGCUCAGGUGGUUCACGAAGCAAUCUUUGGAACUGCCUGGCACCACCGUCUCUUCCGUCUAACAAUCCAACACUGGGUUACUUGGACAAUCCAUCAAAGACAAGCGCUCGACGACAACUAUGAAACAGUGCCGUGGUAUCAUAUUCUCCUCGGAAAAUCCAUAAUUACCCCGAAUAUGCCCUACAACUUCCAAACCCCAACAUUCCAACAACUCUUUUCAAAACUGAUGUGGGCAUGUAUCUUGGCAUGGAUUGAACUCACUGGUGUACAACAUAGCGGUCCAAUCAUUCCUACCAUACAUCGGAAAGAUGAAUUUGAAAACCUUGUGGAACCAUAUCUGGGAGAACACUUCAAAUACGAUCCGGAGAUAUUCCACUCGGUGAGUAAGAAAUCUAUUCAAAUACAUCGACUUCUGCGAGAACUAGACCUGAUACUACGUCCAUCUGAUCGGAAAUGUCUUCCAAAGUUCUGGAGGAAAAUGAGUAAACAGCUUCAUGUCUUAAAUCAACCGUAUGACUACCUCCACAUGUUUCAUGUUGGUGCCGACGUCAUGACCAUUCAACAAGCACGAAAGUGUUUACUUUGCGGCUGCGCCACUAAAACAUUCAUUCACACCUUCUUUCAAUGCCGAAUAGCAUGUCAGGUGUGGCGAUAUGCGGGACUCCGUGGCCUUCCUCAGAUAUCCAAACUCGUUGGUGUCUGUGGCCAGCCGCAGGACAAAUACUGCUCGUACAUGCGUCGACUUCUCCGUGAUAGAGCUCAGAAUCAUAAAGAGAAACUCACUGAUAUAGAACUUCGUCCAUUACUUCGAGACUAUGAAACUCUCUAUAGGAAAGAGUAUUGA